UACUGGCCAGCAUCACCCUCCACGUACACGCUGCAUUCUUACCCGCUUCGGCCUGUGUGUACGAGGGGCUGACCCGGAGAAGGAGGAGGAGGAGGUGACAUCUAGCCUCUGGUGGUCGUGGGCUGGCUGCAGACGUUUACGUGCGGACCGUGCAGGAGCAGCAGGAGCAGGAGCAGCAGGAGCAGCAGGAGCAGCUGCAGAAGCAGCAGGAGCAGGAGCAGCAGCAGAUAAACAGCGAGGAGGAACCAUUAGUGCUGUGUUUUAUAAUUCAGCAGGGGGAAGUCACGACAACAGAAGCCCACUCUCUCUCCCGGGCACCGGCUCACAUUUCAUCCGCCACACCGUCGUGUGUUGUUCUCUCUGCCUGGUAACUCCGCUCCAGACCCCCGCGACAAACCCCCCCGGACCCCCGCCACCAUCGUCCCCGGUCCCGGCGGAGCUGUGUGAUGAGGUGGCCCUGCAGCAGCGGUUCGGGAACCUCAAGAUAAAGCGACUGUUUUCGGGUUUUGCCAGCGGGACGGUGCUCGGCGUCAGCCCGGGCGAGUGAAGAGAAACCCCGCAGGACCACGAAGCUGCUGCUGGGGCUGAGGAACCGCCGAAUAUCCAUGAGCUCCGAUUUCCCACACUACAGUUUCAGGAUGCCAAAUAUAGGGUUCCAGAACCUUCCCCUUAAUAUCUACAUUGUGGUGUUUGGGACAGCCAUCUUUGUCUUCAUCCUCAGCCUCCUCUUCUGCUGCUACUUAAUAAGGUUACGGCACCAGGCGCACAAAGAGCUAUAUGCAUACAAACAAGUCAUUCAGAAGGAAAAAGUCAAAGAGCCAAAUUUGCAUGAGAUAUGUGCGGUGUGCUUGGAGGAGUUCAAACAGAAAGAUGAGCUGGGGAUUUGUCCAUGUAAACAUGCCUUUCAUAGGAAGUGCCUCAUUAAAUGGUUGGAGGUGAGGAAAGUGUGUCCACUGUGCAACAUGCCCGUGUUGCAGCUCGCGCAGCAGGCCGGCAGCAUGGAUCCCGCCGUGCCAAUACAGCAGCCUCUGCCCGGCAUCGAGAACCUGGUGUAGCAGACUCACAUCCUGUCUGACAGUACACCACAGACACACAAACGCACAUCCCAUCAGUCAUACUCUCACCUGCACAGGUACACUUUGAUAUGAGAUGGCGGACAGACAGGAGAAACUGGAGUUACAGUGGCGGCCAUGGGUUAGAGUCAACCUCUGUUGUCUUUCCAUUGGUUCACAAGAGGAUUUCCUGUUAUCAGCUCGGACUGAUAAUCAACUGUUUUCAUGUUUUUCUUUUUUGCGGACAAUGAAGAAGAGUUGAUCGAGAAGGAGCUUCUUUCUCGGCCAUGAUGUGGUCAAUAACUUUUUCACAACCAAAGCACUUUUCUGGGAACACCAGCUAAAGACCUGGAUGAAGAAAAACACAAAAGCCAAGAACUACACUACGCUUAAAUAUAUAUAUAUAUAUAUUUUCCUUCUUUUUUUUAUUAAACAAGCACUUUACAAGAAGUCAAAACUUAAUUUCUUGUGAUCGUAGUAGAAAGGUCAUGUUUUUGUAUUUUACCAUUAACUAUUAUUUCUGUGCCGAGUGCAAAUUGUUUUUUUAAUUUUAAUUCGUAAACAUUGAUUUUUUUUAACAAAAUCUUAAUAAAAAUAACUAUUUUGAAAGGGACAACAAUAUUUACACCGGUAGAUGUCAGGAAAUUUGGACGUUAGGUUUCUUUUCGAGUUGCACACACAAGACAAUAACCUGAAAUCAACCUCGAGACUUUACGUCUGACUAAAUGUGAAUGUGGAAACCCACAAUUUUACAAACACGAACACUAACACUCUGUUUGUCAUUCACAACAAUGUUUGCAUUGUGAUAAUCCUUUUGUUAUCUUACUGCCUAAACACAAUGGUGAUACAGUGAACACAUUUUCAUCUCACUAAACAAAUUUACCUGGAAGAUAAACACUCAAAACACAAUUCAGGACCUUUUCCGACAGAAAAUCUGUGAUUAUCUGAGCAGUAUUCAUCUGAACAACCUUGUGCUUUGUGCAUAAACCAGUUGAACAGAACAAACACCAGUAACGAGGCAAUAUUAAACAAAAUCAAUUAUAUUACAUAAACGUUUUAGGUUUGUUUUUGCUCUGCUGCUGCAUUGCUUUGUUUUAUGGAAGCAGAGCUGCGUGAAUAUAACGAUGGCUUGACAGUUAACACUCUUACCAAAAUAAAGCAACAAAUGUCGAAUUUUUAUUUUGAUAUAUAUUAAACUAGCGUCACAUAUCCUGCUUGAAAUGUACUGACAGUUAGUUUUAGGAAGGGAUCAGAAGGAACCCCCUCUUUGCUUCUACCCUUCAGUGCAGUAUUUCUAUUUAUUUAAAUUUUUUCAGUUUAUUACAAUUUCUUGGUACAGCUAAAUUGAGUUGGAUGAUUUGACACCUGCGCUCGGCCAAUCAUCAUUAUAUCCGUUUGCUUAAGAUACACACUGCUGUGUAAAAUACAGACAGAUUCACCAAGGAAGAGGCAGCCUCCCCCCCUCAUACUCACACACACACACACACACACACAAUUCACAUGGGCUACAAGAGAGUCAGUUGUCAGCAGAUUGUAAUGAAGCAGCACCUACACACACACACAUACACACACACACACACACACACACACACACAGUUCAGCUUUUCUGGCUGCAGUUUUCUGGUGCUUUCUCCCUCUCUCUUUCUGUACAGUGCAGGGAAGCUUUUUGUUUCGUGCCACAAACACAGGAACCCUGAGCCUGGCUAUUGUGUAUGUUUUUGUUUUUUUACCUCAUCUCUUUUUAGAAGCAUUUAGUAAAUGUGUAGUGGGGUAAAGCGCUGAUGUGAAAGGCAGCUUAAAACAACCUCACUCCACAGUGAUGAACCUAAGAUAAGUUGGAGAUUAUCAAUAACCUGUGAUGAGAUAAUCAAAUAUUAUAUUUACAGGUACAAUCAAUGAUCUGAGGGUAUAUGAAAAAAUAGUCCCACUGACUGAAAAAGGAAAUCGGCAAUGAAAUACAUUAGACACAUUUGUAAACAAAUGUUAAUUCUGAAGCUGUUAGAAGUUUGUGUUGUUGAAAUUAACAACAAAUCAGAACUACACUCCUACUCCAAAAUGUAAUUACCUCCACCAAGGGCCAACAGUAGCCUUAUGAAACCACAUUUCAAUUGAUUAGAUCCAAAUUUCUAUCUGAAAUCAAACCAGUCCCCUAAACAUGUCUUAUUCAUUUCAUGAUGACCGGUUAUUAUUAUUAUUUCAUAGAUUAUUCUAUAAGAAAUCAGCGAAAAUGUUGACAUUUUUAAUCUUGCAAUUUUAAAGAAAGUGAAAAUAUAUUCCUGGAUCUAACCCUGAUCUGCAACAAAGUUCAAUGGCUUCUUACUUUGGUCAUUCCCCAUCCCAGUAGUUUUUGCAUAAUCCUGCUAAUUAAUAAACAAACAAGGAUGAAAACACAACCUCCUUGAAUGAGAUAACUAAAACUCUACGGCUCAAACAUUAUAAUAUAUACUGAUUGUGUCUUUAAUAACAAAACAUGCCCAAUAAGAUUAUAUUCUCCAACACCAAAUACUUUUAUGGACAUAUCUGCACAGGUUCCCAUCAUGUUAGCGCUUUAACAAGUGACAACGCCUUCACCAUCUGUGGCAGAGAAGCCCUGUUGCUCUCACCUCUGUGGUUUGAGUGUCGGCCCACACCCGAAUGCGACAACCUUCGUGACGGGGUCAGAGCGCGCGGUGAAGUGAAAAUGUCAACAUCAGAUCAGAGCAAUAACAGGACUUCUUUGUGCUGUGUGAAGCAUUUCAGUUGAUAGUUAUCAUCCACCCGAAAGAUCCUCAUACAUUCUGCUUUACUACGCCCUCUACUGAUGAGAAAAAUAUUGACGCCUACAUACAAAAUAUGAUCGAUGUUGCCCACAUUAGCCUUAUUUGAACCAAAACUGCCUCAAUUACCAGACAAAAGACCAGGGCUUUGUUAAUUGGCUAUAUCCCAACCUCUUUAAUUGAAUGUGUCUUGAUCACUGGAAAGGUUGUGGUUUUAUGUUGAACAAAAUAUGUAACAUAAAGUCCUUCUCUUGUGAGAAUUUUCAUUCGUUUCCUUCUCCCUUCUCAGUCUUUGGUUAUGAAGAGGCUGGGACUGUUUCAUAAAACUUAACCUCUCACAGCAAACAGGGACUGGUCCUACAUUAUUCCUCGAAACUGUACAUAAGUUAACAAUUCUGCCACUUGUUCCCAAACCCUGACACAUUUCUUAGCUCAGUGCUAAUUACAGAAGUCUUAAAGCUACGUUCCUGCUAAGUGUUUCGUCUUUGAAUGUACGGCUCACGAGAGAAAGAAAACGAACACGAGGACAUUCAAUGUGUGAGCAUGCUACUUUGCAUUGUUAAGUCGCCACUGAUAAUACCAUUGUUAAGUGUAUGUUGACAGUAGUGUCAAUAGUUGUGUGUUUGUGCACAGGAAAGGCGCCUUCAUCUGAACAAAAUGGCAGCCGAACACUUCCUGCCAUUUAGGCAAUCUUAAGUCAAAACGGAGUGCCAACUAAAAAUUAAGUGUUGUCAAUGCCAAUGAGAGAGAAGGUCCUGCAGUAUGAAAAUAACAGGAGGGGAGUCUGUACGGCUUUAGCCAAAAAAAGAAAAGCAAGCUGAGCCAGUGGUGAAUAUAGUAAAAAAAGGCCUCCCACCAGUAAAAUCACCAUUAAUGUCAGUGCUUGCUCUGACUCCACUAACUCCAUUAUAAAGAGAUCAGAUAGUUCCGUCACUCCACAUGAAAACCUGACUGGUACUCUGGGUAGAAAGGGACGGGCUGAUUUAUAAACAAACAAUACGCAGUUGGUACAAUAUACUUCCAGCAUCCAGAGCAUGUAGGAUUCUCUAUCACUGCCUCCCUGAAGUGAACUUUCUUGUUUGUAUCGUGUUAUUUAUUCCUCUGUUACUCUUGUGGUGCCCUGCCAAUUCACAAAUCCCCCCCCCCCACACACACACACACAAUUUGUCCAAACAAACCCUGUCCUCCCUCUGCCCUCACCUUCCCUGUUGUUGUUUUUUGUUAACACUGAUUAUGUUUGUGGACUCUCACAGACAUUGUUUGUAAAACUAAAAAUUCUGCAGCAGAAUAUUUUUAGAGAUAAUUGCUGUACAGUAUUUGUAAGCUCUAUUUUUGUAUAUGUGUUUUUUUUCGUAGAAAAUAAUGUUGUUUUUUUCUUUUCUUAUUUUUUGCUAAUUUCAUGUUUAUUCAUUUUAGGAAAAAAUUUGCAUGUGACUGACUUGAACUGUAAAUAAAUUUCCAGGUUUUGGAAAGAUGUGAGUUUUUACUCUCAUGUGUGUUCAUAAUGUAUUUAUUUAAAGCUGUGUCCCUGAUCAUGAUCUAAAGAUAAUACCAGUUUGUUAAAGGGGUCAUAUUAUAAAAUUUCCACUUUUGUAGUGCUUCUACACGUUAAUUUGGGUAUCUGGCAUGUCUACCCUCCCAAAAAAACCUUGGAAAAAAACAACUCCCGCGAUUAUUUUUGGUUUCUCUAAGUCAGAAACGUCAUGCUUGAGUGACUGACUGAGCUUCCGUAUGCUUCUAUCGUCACAAGCGAAAUGGGAGUCUCUCUGACAUGGCCUUUAAAUUGAAAACUGCAUAAACCCUGGUUGAGGUUAUUUCUGUAGUCAAACUCAUCCCCAGAAUUUCAAACUUUUUCAAACUUGCAGUCUUCUCCGAUAACUAAUGCUUAUAUCAGAUUUUGUGCAGCUGCUCUGAAGAAUUAUUUUUUCUACACAUGCAGUGGUGGUGGCUAUUAACAGACUUGAAACUCCCCUUUAAGAUAUAGAGGACUAUUUAAAUCCUCUUGGCUGUUCCCUCAGUGUGAAUCACUCAGGGAUCAUUGAAGGUAUGACUGACAUCAGUGACUCCUGGUAAAUAAAUAUAAGACUUCUAGUUCCAAGUAUUAAAGUGCACAGCAUGUCGGGCUUUAAAUUAUUUUAACAUAUAUUUUUAUGGUUUACUUUAUUUUCUUUAUGAUGUGUUCAGUUGCCUUAUAUUCUUAUUCUGUGUUUGUGUUUCCCCUCUAACUGAUGCAACGCAAAACACAUGUAAAGAGUAAUUCCCUGGAAAAUUGUAAAAUACUGAAAAGAGCCCUAUCUUUCAAUAUUAAAGAUUAAAAACAUCCUAAA